AUGAUCCUCCUCAUUGACUCCUACGACUCGUUCUCCCACAACUUAUGUCGUCUCAUACAAGAUAAUACCCAUCAAGAGGUGAUCACGAUCUUCAACGACACGUUUGCGCCCGCGGAGUACGAGGCCGCGUUCCAGAACUGGAUCCGCCAUUUUGACUAUAUAGUUGUAGGUCCUGGCCCCGGCCAUCCCGAAGAUGCUGCCGACGUAGGUAUUAUACGGUACAUCUUCCAAUACUUCUCUGAACACCCGCAGGAGGCGGUGCCCGUGCUCGGCGUCUGUUUGGGGUUCCAGAGUUUGUGUCACGAGUUUGGAAAUAAGGUCGAGCGGCUUGCAAACAUUAAGCAUGGCCAGAUCUACGAGAUGAGGACGCAGCCAUGUGAGUUGUUCCCCGAGGGAACCAAUUCUUUCCCCAGUGUGAGAUACCAUUCGCUCCACGUGAACAAAGAUAGUUUGAACGAUGCAAUUGUGCCGCUCGCGGUGUGUAGUGAACCCGACGGAACCGAGGUGCUCAUGGCAGGCCGCCAUCGGUCGAUGCCUUUGUAUGGAGUGCAGUAUCAUCCGGAGCUGAUCUGUUCGGAGGAGGGUGAUGCGUUGGUUCGUAAUUUUAGCGCCAUUGCGGCGAGCUACAAUGCUCGCAUGCGCCCUGGUUUGAAACAGGACCAGGUCCACCUCUCGUUGAAGGACAAGGCCAUGGCGCGGUCGCGCGCGGUGCACGAUGACUGGCUUGUGCCGUCGGGAGUGUUCAAGUCGGGCACGGUUCCGAGGGUGGUUUACAAGGAGUUUUGCUUCUCGCAGAAGGAUACCAAACCCAUAGACGUUUGUGAGUAUUUGUCCACUCAGGGCACCGAUUUCGUAUUUCUCAACUCUGCCGCAGAUCCAGGCGACUGGUCGAUCAUUGGCCUACCGCUCGAGAACGAGAGCGAGAUCAUCACCCACUCCAUAGAUACCCCCGACGUGGUGAAGGUGCUGAAGUAUAAGAGCCCAGAUAGUGUCACCCAGCCAAUUAAAAGCAUAAUGAAGUUCGUGGCCUCUCGGAUGGAGGACCGGUACGUUUCCCGCAAGGACCUUGAAGCUCAAUUAGGCGCCAGACAGGGCACACCGUUGCCGUUCUUUGGUGGCUACAUGGGCUUGUUCUCGUACGAAGAAGGUAAACAUCUUGUCACCAAAGACAUGGAGCCCAUCUGCGACCAAGGCACUCCCGACACCAAGCUUGUUUUCAUCGAACGAUUCAUUCUUUUCAGUCGGAAGACUCAACAGUGGUUGCUUGUCUCAAUUAGGCAACACGAUGAUGAAGAAGAGAAAUGUCUGCAAUUGAUCACCGAUUUGACUCAAGUACACCCAGAUCUUCGCAUCGACAUCAAUUCGGUUCAUUCAAAAGUCAAGGACUAUUGCAGACCUGAAGAUCAGGACAUCGAGUAUACAUUCCCCGACAGAGAGAUUUACAAGAAGCAAUUCGAGCUCUGCCAAGAGUACCUUCAUUCUGGAGAUUCGUAUGAACUCUGCCUCACAACGCAGCUGAAGAUAAAGCUUCCCUCGUAUUUAGAUCCAUGGCUGAUUUACAAGAUUCUCGCUCUCCGCAAGAACCCCUCGCCCUAUCUGUGUUUUAUGAACUUCGAUGACUGCGUUCUUCUCUCAUCUUCCCCUGAGCGCUUCCUAUCAUGGCGCGACGGUGACAAACAGCCAAAUAAGAAGAUGGCCGAGUUGAGACCAAUCAAGGGAACAGUCAAAAACAACGAGUCGACAACUUUAGAGGACGCCACUCGCAUUUUGAGAACACCAAAGGAGAUGGGUGAGAAUCUCAUGAUUGUCGAUCUCAUUCGUCACGAUCUCCAGACAUUCACCGACUCGGUUGUGGUCGAUGCUCUCAUGGCCAUUGAGGAGUACAAGACAGUGUACCAGAUGGUAACGGUGAUCCAGGGCCUUUUACCCGACGUUGGCUACAAGGGAAUCGACAUUUUACAGCUGUCAUUACCUCCUGGAUCCAUGACUGGUGCUCCAAAGAAAAGAUCGGUCGAGCUCUUGCAAAAGAUCGAGGCGUUGCAGCCCACCAUGAACUCGAGCGGUAGAAGAGGAAUCUAUAGCGGAGUAGCGGGCUACUGGUCUAUCACCGACGACGCCGACUGGUCUGUCAUUAUUCGCUCGAUGGUCCACUAUAAGAGUGACCGGGAGAACAAUGACGAGUAUGGCAUUUGGCGGAUUGGCGCUGGAGGAGCCAUCACUGUACUCAGUGACGAGCAAGGUGAAUGGGACGAGAUGCAGCUCAAAUUGCACAGCACGCUCCAGACGUUUAUUUAG